AUGGAGAAGCCCUUCAUCAGCUUCCCUGAUGAACCAGAUUCAAGCCUUCAAGAAGUGCUAGAUCAAGUCCAUAUGCUGGUAUUUGAGGUGCUGAAAACCGUCGGGGAGCUCGCAGCAGCUAUCACACAAAAGUCAAAGGAACUAGAUAGGUUGAAGAAAGAGUAUGAGGUCAAACUACGAGUACUAGAUGCGUACAUCAAUAAAGUUGUUCCUCUCGAGAUGUUCUUGCUGAAAGGGGAAGAAAGCGAUAAGGAAGUUACAGAUGUUAUUGACCAGGAACUACGAUGCUCGAAUUGCCUGAAUAUCAUUUACAGCUUGCAAGAAGGGUGUGACUAUAUUUUGGUGCCUCGUGCUGUUGCACAACAGAAAGCAGCGCAAGUGGAUGACCUCUCUGCUGCGAUACUGGCGUUAAGUGCAAGUGAUAACAACGUAACUGACUCGCAUACCGACCCAGCACUACUGGAUAACAUAGCGAAAGCACCAACGGCCUCUUCACGACAAUCCAAGAAGCAGCACGGCAAGCAGAAACGGACGUGCUCGUACUGUAACCGGUCAGGUCAUACCAGAGCUCGGUGCUUCGAAAGGUUGAGUAAAGAGCCAGGCCAAGCACUGGGCCAACAGUCAAGUCACAAGUGA